AUGAUUCGACGACUGCACUCGCGGUUCCAGACGCGUCUCAAGCAACACGGAAAUGCGCAGGAUCGGGAAGGUUCUACGGACCAAGAACAGUCUCGCCUUGCACCUCUGCAACAAAUCUUCGCCGCCACCUCUACAUCCGCGUCCCGGCUCCCAGCCGCUUCGGCUACCGGCUCCGCUGACAUAGAGACGUCCGCCGGCGCGGAUAAUACCACUACCUGCCUCCCAGCCGCUCCAGCUACUAGUGCCGCCAACAUAAAGACGCCCACCAAUGCAGAUGACAUUACUACCAGCUUAUCCGUACGACUCUGGGACCGUGCCUACAAUGACCUCAAACAAGAAGAGGCCAGAUUGGUGGACGCAUACGAGAAGAUACUGUCCCGACAGCUGCAGGCUAGCCCCGACUUAACAGUGCCCGAAUCCCAACCGAACAUCAUUGCCCAAAACAACUCGGACAGGCGCCGUCAAAUGAAUCAGCUUAUCAUUGCUGGCCUAGCUAAGACUGAGAAGGAAGCUAAGGUGAAAGAAAGCCUUGGUGUAGCCAUGGAUAUUGUUCUAUCCGCAAAGAACAUUAUAAGUGCGGCAAUCCAGGCCGUGCCCCAAGCCGCGCUCGCCUGGACUGGCGUUUGUAUUGCUUUAGAGAUGUUUACCAAUCCUGUAACCGCAACCGAAGCCAACCGCAAAGGGAUCGACUACGUUGUUAAGAGAAUGAACUGGUACUGGAACCUGUCGAAUAUCCUUCUCAAGGACCCUACCGCCCAUAUCGGCGAACUUUCUGGAGUGAGAGGCGAAUUGGAGAUCCAAAUUAUUGACCUCUAUAAAGUGCUCCUCUCCUAUCAGAUGAAGAGUGUCUGUGUUUGCUAUCGCAACCGCGGUCUAGCCCUUCUCCGGGAUAUAGUCAAGCUUGACGACUGGAAUGCUGACUUGGGGGUUAUCCAAGACGCCGAAAAGUGCUUCCGAGACGACACCCAGACAUACACUGCUCAGCAAGUGACGUCUCAUCUUAACCAGCUCGUUAUACAGCACAUGUCAGAGAAGGACCAGCAAUGCCUGAAGCACUUGCGCCUUACCGAUCCUCGCGAUGAUAAAGUCCGCAUCGAACGGACUAAAGGCGGCCUUUUGCAGGACUCGUAUCGUUGGGUCCUCAAUAACGCUAACUUUCAACAAUGGCGUAACAGCCCACAGCAUCGACUGCUCUAG